AUGGGCGAGGCCGUGAUGGAGGUGGAGACCGUCGAGCUGGGGUACCGCAACCUACGCGCCCUCGCCCUGCUCGACGCCGACUCGCGCCGCCCCAUCCUCACGGUCGAGGAGGUCGGCACAAGCCGGCGCCGGUGGCAGGCGAGCAGGGGCGGGGUUGUGAGCCGGAGCAAGCGGCUCUUCGUCGCGGUCGACAAGGCGCAGGUUUGGGAGAUGGGGAUCCUUGUCCACGUGUUCGUCGAGGGCAACUCCUGCGACGACCCAGACUGCGGCUACCACAAAGGAACGAUGACCAUCUCCCGGGGCGGCGGCCGGAAAGAUGUUGCGCGGAUCGGCAAGGAGGCGAGGAGCAUCUCGAGCGUCAUGAAAGGAGAGUACACGUACCAUGUCAAUAUCAUCCCGGACGUCGACCAGGCGUUCGUCCUCGCGCUCACCAUGAUUCUCGACCAGAGGCACAAUUAUGAGUUUGAAAGAAUGCCUGCCGGUGACGGGUGGAAAAAGUGGAUCCAGGCCGCACCCGCGAGCAUCAGUUUCGGCUUCCACGGUCUGGGGCAGCUCAUACACGGCUGCUUCGACAGCCUCGUCGCGGCGCUCGGGAGCGCGGCCCACGCACUGGCGGUGCCGUUUGAAGCGGUCUGGCAGUGGCUGCAGGCCGCCGCCGCGGGCGUCAGUUCCGGCUUCGACGUCUUCUGGGAGCACAUGCAGGGCAUCUUCGCCGGCGUUCCCGCCGCGCUGGCCAGCGCUGCCCACAGCCUCGUCCUCCCAUUAGAGUCUUUCUGGCGGUGGGUGCACAACUCCAUCGCCGGCAUCAGCCUCGAUCUGGACGGCUUCUGGCCGCUCGUCCAGCGCUUCGUCGACACGGCCGCGAGCAAGGCCCACGAGCUCGUCCCGGCCUUGGAGGCGUUCUGGCGGUGGCUCAAGGACGCCGCCGUCGUCGCGCUCCCUUACGUGCUGGCCAUCGCCGCGGUCGUUUGCGUUGCGGCCGUGGCCUGGUACUGCUGGCAGAUCCUGUGCACCGCCGCCGUGCAGGUGGCGAAGGCGCUCGUCCAGGUCCUCUCCUCCUGCUGGGGCUGGUUGUAUGGCGUUGCCAUGCUGGUCGGGCCGUGCUGCGGCCACGUUACCAUGGCCGCCCCGGGCGUUGCCGGCGGGCUGAUGUCACGUGUUGCGUUCGAGACGGCCCCGCGCCUGUUCUUCCAGAUCUCCCGCUCCGCUGGCGGCCCCGUGGCCACUGCUGUCUUCUCCACGCCCACCAUCGCCUCGGCGGUCGCUGCGCCGGUCGCCGCCCUUUUCGGCGGCUGA